AUGCACUGCCUGCGCCCCGCGCUCCUGGUCCGUCUGACCCGCGCCCGGCCCUGGGCCCCGCUGUUGCGGCGCGGGGCGACAGCCGGUGGGGAAGAGGAGGAGCGCUUUGUCUUCCCCGAGUAUGAGCCGGAACCGAGUGAGACAGCGGCGGCAGCGGCGCCCCGCCGGGAGCGGGAGCCACGCAGUGAACGGCGGGAGCGGGGCGCGUUAUCGGCGGCGAGGCGGCCCGAUCCCUCGGUGCCGCCGAGCGACGUGAGCUGCUCUGGUUGCGGGGCCGAGCUGCAGUGCUGUGACAGCGCCGCGCCAGGCUUCGUGCCGGCGGAGAAGUACCGGAGCCUGUCGGAGGGCCCGGACGGUGAGGCGGGUCUGCGGAACGCCGUCUGCCAACGGUGCUGGAUGCUGUCCCACCACGGCCAGGCCCUGGGGCUGCGGCUGCCGCCCGAGCAACACCGCCUGGUGGUGAGCGCUGCUCUACGCCGCCCUCUUCGCCACGGUCGUGGUCCGCUCCUCCUCUACAUCCUCGACCUGCUGGAGCUGCCCGACCCAGUGCUGCCUCAGCUGCAGGGGCUGAUGAGCCCAGACGUCCCAGCCGCCGGGCUGCUGGUGGUGGGCAACAAGGUGGACUUGCUGCCCGCCGACGCCCCCGGGCACCUGGGGCGGCUGCGGGAGCGGCUGACAGCGGCCUGCGCCCAGGCCGGCUUGCGCGCGUUCCCGCUGGUGGACGUGCGGCUGGUGAGCGCCAAGACAGGUUUCGGCCUGGAGGGGCUGAUCAGCCGGCUGCAGCGGUCCUGGAAGUGUGCCGGCGAUGUCUACCUGCUGGGUGCCACCAACUCCGGGAAGUCCACACUCUUCAACACCCUGCUGCGCUCUGACUACUGCAAGACCCGUGCCCCCGACAUCGUCAACAGAGCCACCGUAUCCCCCUGGCCAGGAACAACACUGAAUCUUUUGAAAUUUCCAAUUAUUAAUCCUACGUGUGACAGAAUAUUCCGAAGGCAGGAGAGGCUGAAAGAGGAAGCAACAAAAACAGAAGAUCAACUAAGCAGCGAAGAAAGAAAGUACCUUAAUCACCUUAAAAAGCAAGGUUACUUAGUAGGGAGAGUUGGAAGAACAUUUCAACGUCAGAAUUCUACUGCUGUGGUUGACUUUGACCCUGACAUGCUCUCCUACAGCAUAGAUGAAGAGCCCAGACAUUCUUUUAAGAAACAUGAAGAAAGAGAGGAGUUCACAUACAACGAAGUGAAGGAUGCUCGCUGGUGUUUUGACACACCAGGGAUCAUAAAGGAAAAAUGCGUUUUAAAUCUUCUGACGGAGAAAGAAGUAAAGCUGGUUUUGCCAACACAGGCCAUUGUUCCACGGACCUUCAUUCUCAAGCCAGGAACAGUCUUGUUCUUAGCAGCCUUGGGACGUGUAGACUACUUAGAGGGUAAAAACUCUGCCUGGUUUUCUGUUGUGGCUUCUAACCUGUUGCCAGUCCACGUUACUGCCCUGAGUAACGCAGAUGCCUUUUACAAGAAACACGCUGGCCAAGAUUUACUGAAGGUUCCCAUGGGUGGGGAAGAGAGAAUGAAAGAGUUCCCCCCACUCGUUCCUCAGGACAUUACACUGAAGGGAAUUGGUACCACUGAGGCAGUUGCAGAUAUCAAGCUUUCCUCUGCAGGCUGGGUGGCAGUGACAGCUCAGGCAGAAGAGGAGCUGCUGCUGCGAGCGUACACUCCCCAGGGCACUGCACUGGUGGUGCGGGAGCCUCCCCUUUUGCCAUACAUCAGUGCCAUCAGAGGGCCCCGCAUUGCAGGCAGUGCUGCCUACAGGACCAAAAAGCCUCCCUCCGUGGUGGAGAACCUGAAAGUCACUGGGAGGAGAUAGCACUUGCCAUCAUCUGAGCAAGGCAGAAGACAGGCCUCUGGAGAACCUUCUUGCUUAUUGAUACUCAAGACAGCUUGGACUUCUUUUUAAAGGCAGACAGACACAUUUUUGAAAGCAGGCCUGGGGGAAACCACAUGUCCACACCUGAUCCAGCUUCUGAGCUGAAGCAGUUUUGAAUGACCUGAGUAGCUGGUACCUUGCUGUGAGAGGUUGCAGCUUCUCCCUGGCACCUGUAUCUACAAACAAAUCCCUUUAGCUGAUCCCUCUUGAAAUACAGGAUGUAAGCUCACCUGCUUGCCCUGGGCUGGUUUUGGUGCUCUCAGAGUAUGUGUUCUCAUGCAGACAUGCUCCUGCAGGUCAGAAAUCAUCACCUUGUUCUUGGAAGCUAAGUGUUUCCAGAGUUGAAAGAGGUGGAGGGAAUGGGGAAGAGCAGGAAGUGGUCCAGUGUGUGUGUGAGACCCUCUUACUGCCUGAUAGUAAUUCAACAACAUAGACCUAAAUCAGAUACUUUGUCCUUCAACAUCUGGGGCAGAUAAGAGAGUGCAAUGCUUUGGACAUGGAAAGGUGAAUUAAUGAAAAUCAGGUCUGUUUAUGUGCCUGAAGAGGAAACUUGUGCAACUCACUGCUUUGAUUUGGUUUUUACAGCUUGUGUAAAGGUUUCUGAAACU